CAGGGCCCCAGAGAUGGCGGUGACCAGGCGGGACCUGCUCAUGCACGUGCUUGUGGCCCUAUUCGGGAUGGGCUCCUGGGUUUCCGUAAAUUCUCUGUGGGUGGAGCUUCCUGUGGUGGUGAAAGAACUUCCUGAAGGUUGGAACCUCCCCGCGUUCCUGACGGUACUUAUCGCCCUGGGUAACAUCGGACCCCUCGCAGUCACCCUGAGCCACCGGUUCUGCCCCCCGGGCCGGGUCUCGGAGCCGUGGCUCAUACGCUCAGUACAAGCGCUCAGCCUGGUGUCGGCGGGUUUCCUGGCGGGGUUCUGGGACCGGCGGGUUCUGGUGGCGGGGGAGGAGCGCAGCGUUCCGUACCUGCUCCUGGGGUUCCUAUUGGCUCUCGGCUGCUGCACCUCCAACGUCACCUUCCUGCCCUUCAUGUACAGUUUCCCCCAGCAGUUUGUGCGCAGUUUCUUCAUUGGUCAGGGCCUUAGUGCCCUCCUGCCCUGUGUGUUGGCGCUGGGGCAGGGGGUGGGGCGCCUGGAGUGCCGCAAUGGCACGUGGGGGAAUCACAGCGAACCCCACUACCUGCAGGAGAACUUCCCCGCCUCCUCCUACUUCUGGGGUCUCUUCUGCUUCCUGGGGGUCUCUGCACUGGCCUUCCUUCUGCUGCUUGUCCUACGUGGGCGCAAUAAGGAGGAGGAGCAAGGGGAGGGGCCAACACAGCAGGGAGAUGGGGGCUCCGAGGAUUCCUACCCCCUGAAAUCCCCUGAGGAGGAACAGCCCCAAGAGCCCCCUGAUGCCAGUAAUAGGGGGCAGAGAUUCUGGACUGCACGGAACGUGUACUUACUGGCGCUUUUGGGCUUGUCCAACGCACUGACCAAUGGGAUUCUGCCCUCCGUACAGACUUACAGUUGCCUCCCCUAUGGGCCCGACGCCUACCACCUGUCUGUCGUCCUUAGCAACAUCGCCAAUCCCGCGGCCUGCUUCAUCGCCAUGUGUGCGCUGUGUAGGUCGUCGCUGGUUCUUGGGGUGAUUAUGGCGGUUGGAAUGAUAUUCGGGGGGUACCUCAUGUUCUUGGCUGCCCUCAGUCCGUGUCCCCCCCUAGUGGGCAGCUUGGCAGGGGUUGUGCUAGUGAUCUUGUGCUGGACACUGUUCCUGGGGCUCCUGUCGUACCUAAAGGUGGUUAUUGGGAGCCUGUUGCAUGAAGCCGGGCACAGCGCCCUCCUGUGGUGUGGAGCAGUAAUACAGAUGGGCUCCCUGGUGGGGGCGCUGCUCAUGUUCCCCAUGGUCAGUAUCUACCACCUGUUCCAGAGCGGCCGUGACUGCCAGGACAACUGCCCCCUGUGAAGUGCACUUACACCAAGGAAACACUAGGGCUGUGCCCCCCCCCCAAAAGAAAAUAAACAUUUUUAUGGUUUUUGUAGUAAAUCAAAUAAAACUUUUGGGUAUUUUGGUCUGUGA